CUUUCUAUUACUCUUUCUCGUACGCGUUUCUAAGCAUCACUUCUGAUUAAAAGUGUCGAAAAAUGGGAGGUGGGAAGAACAAGCAUGAUGGAUCAGAUAGCCAUGAUAAAGGGCUUUUCUCCCAUGGGCAUGCUCAUCCUCAUGAACACCACCCCCCACAAGGCUAUCCUCCAGCUCCUGGUGCUUAUCCUCCGCAGGGGUACCCUCCACAGGGUUAUCCCCCACAGGGUUACCCUCCUGCUGGGUAUCCUCAUCAUGGUUCAUCUGCAUCUCACCCACAAGGACAUGGAACUCACGUAGGAACAGUGGUGGCUGGGGGGCCGCCGCCGCCGCUGCUGCCGCUGGUUAUGGAGUUCACCACGUGACACAUGGUAGUCAUCAUGGAGAAUACCAAUCAUCUGGUCAUCACGGCGGUAAGUUCAAGCACCAUGGCAAACAUCAUGGCAAAUUUAAGCAUGGGAAACAUGGGAAGCAUGGAAACAUAGGAGGCAAGUUUAAGAAGUGGAAAUGAAUGAUGAUAUAUGAGCUCGACUUGGUCCGGUUCUUAAGAUCUUUCCUCUUGUAGUAUGAAUAAUGUUUGUUUCCAGCACUGUUUAAAUAUUUUGGUAAACUUUUUGCGAGGGCCUUUGAACGUCUGUGUUCUUUCUUCUUGUGGCUGUGCCUCAAAUUUAGACUUACUUUUGCUGAUACUUUGCAAAUAUAUAUAUUUAUAUACAUAUGGCUU